AUUUAGCUAUGUUAGUAAUGGAUUUCUGAUUCUCAUCGUGUACAAAAGAUCUUCAGAGAAACCACACUCCAAACCAAACUCAAGGAACAGAGCAAUUUGAUAAACCAGAGUACAAGAAGAAGAAAAUACAAAGACAACAGAGAAAAAAAAAGCUCAGUUUUCGUGAAACAAGGGCGAUUCUUGAUUGUAGAGGUUCUUUUGAAAGAGCGAUUGUUGGUGCAUGUCUUCUGAUUAUUCUGAGAGAAAUAAAAAGAUGGCUAUUCUGGAUCAGGCUCCUAAAAUGACUUCACUGCCCCUGGAUUGUUCUCGAAAGAGGAAAUCAAGGGGUAGAAAGGAUGGAACAAAGAAUGUGGAAGAGACGCUAGCUAAGUGGAAAGAGUAUAACCAGAAACUGGACUGUGUUGAUGCUGAAGGGAAGCCAGUGCGUAAAGUUCCUGCUAAAGGUUCAAAGAAGGGGUGUAUGAAGGGUAAAGGAGGGCCUGAAAAUUCGCGUUGUAAUUACAGAGGUGUUAGGCAAAGGACAUGGGGAAAAUGGGUUGCUGAGAUCAGGGAACCCGAUAGAGGCAGUAGGCUCUGGUUAGGUACUUUUGGCACAGCAAUUGAAGCUGCUCUUGCCUAUGAUGAAGCUGCUAGGGCUAUGUAUGGUGCUUCCGCAAGGCUUAAUCUUCCCAACUACCCUUCGUCGAAGGAGUCUUCCAAGGAUGAUUCUUCUUGGGCAACUACAUCUGCAUCUGACUCCACGGCCGCCUCUAGUCUCUUUGAGGCUGGUGAACUAAAAGGUAUCUCUGAGAUAAAAUUCGAAGAUGGAGAAGGUGAAUCAAGAAUUAAUGGCGUGACAACAGCCAUCCACGAAGCUUCCACACCAUGGACUUCAGAGAAACACGAAGCCAAGAGCAAGAUGGGCGUUGUUGAAUUUAAGGAAAGUAUAGAAAGUAUCGAUCAAGAUAUGCUCAAGUCUGGACGGGAUUAUCUGGACAACCUUAAUUGGGAUGAGAUGUUUGAUGUAGAAGAGCUGCUGGGCAUGUUAGAUUCUGCUCCGGCAGGUGCUCCAGCUUUUAUGCAAGACUUUGAUUCAAUUGCCGGUCAAAAAGAGCAAUAUGCUUAUAACAACAAUCCGCUCUCAGAUUCGUCAUUUCAGCAGCAGAAUGCGGACCAUAAACUGUUGGGAGGUACGCAGCAAAUGCAGCAGCAGGCACCUAUAGCUGUCAAUUAUGGAUUUGAUUUUCUGAAACCAGGCCGUGAAGAAGAUCUCAACUUCAGUUUGGAUGACCUUGCGCUUAUGGAUUUCGACUCUGAACUUGGGGUCUAAAACAUUGCCUGGUAAAAAGAUGCUACAAGCAACAACGUAAAUAGAGGGCAUAUCGUCACUAGUUGGCAGAGUUGAAAUGUGAAUUAUCAUAUUUCCGAGAGUUCUCUUGCUAGUUCUCUGGAGUUCUUAUUUGAUCUGAAGAAGGACAAUAAGACAGAGUUGUUAUGUACGGAGAACUUGUGUAAUUUGUUUUUGUUGGUGUUGGGCAUUUAUAGUUGCCCCCUCCCACAUCAACAGCCAGCUUAUUCUCUAUAAGUUUUUGUAUUAGGGAAUUUGAGCUAGGUAUUCUAGAGGAGAUAGAACUUUGUACAGAUCUAACUUAGCCAAUUAACAUUAGCAGUUCGUAUAGAACUUUGUACAGAUCUAACUUAGCCAAUUAACAUUAGCAGUUCGUUUAGCCACUGUGAUAGCUGAAAUAAACAUCUUUCUGGAA